GUUUGUGGGCUCACUGGGUACCAUCGUUAUAAAAUGCAAAGAUCUGCGAAUUAUCCAGCUGGAUAUACCUGGAAUGGAGGAGUGUUUGAACAUUGCUAGCUCCAUCGAGGCGCUUUCCACCCUGGAUUCUGUCACUCUCAUGUAUCCCUUCUUUUACCGGCCCAUGUUUGAAAUCAUUGAAGAUGGCUGGCGCUCCUUCCUGCCUGACCAAGAAUUUGAGCUCCUCAGUUCAGUGACAGAUGAAUGGCGCCUAAGCUGCAUCAAUAAGGAAUUCUCUGUCUGUGCCUCCUACCCGCCGGUUGUCAUUGUCCCCAAAUCCAUCGAUGAUGAAGCGCUUCGGAAAGUUGCCAUAUUUCGCCACGGCAAUCGCUUCCCUGUCCUCAGCUAUUACCAUAAGAAGAACGGGAUGGUCAUGAUGCGAAGCAGCCAGCCUCUCACGGGUACGAAUGGGAGACGGUGUAAAGAAGACGAGAAGCUUAUUAACGCCACGCUACGGCCUGGCAAGCGGGGCUACAUCAUUGAUACGAGGUCCUUGAACAUUGCCCAGCAGGCCAGGGCCAAAGGAGGUGGCUUUGAACAAGAAGCACACUAUCCCCAGUGGAGGAGGAUUCACAAAUGUAUUGAGAGGUUUAAUAUUCUGCAGGAAAGCCUCAUCAAACUUGUAGAAGCUUGUAAUGACCAGUCGCACAAUAUGGACCGCUGGCUCAGUAAACUGGAAGCUUCCAACUGGCUGACUCACAUCAAGGAGAUACUAACGGCAGCUUGUCUAGCUGCUCAGUGUAUUGACAGGGAAGGUGCAUCAGUGUUAGUCCAUGGGACUGAAGGAACUGAUUCGACACUCCAGGUAACUUCUCUGGCACAGAUUAUCUUGGAUCCAAGGUGCAGGACCAUACGUGGCUUCGAGUCUCUUGUUGUGAGGGAGUGGCUGCAG